GUGCAGAUCGAUUUAAGAUCGACCAAUCCUAAAUCUGUCACUAAUUUGACAAAAAAGCUAAAGCAAAGUAUUUCAAUUUAUCGGGGUCGGAAAUAUCAACAAAACAAACCGCGUUCAACAAAUUAUUGUUUUCAAGCAGUUUAUAUCACACAUUCAAUAAAAGACAUCGCAUCAGAAUGGCAUUGGCAAUGCAAAAAAGAAAUAACGUGCGGCUUCCUCCAGAAGUCAAUCGUGUGCUGUAUGUGCGAAAUCUGCCCUAUAAAAUUACUUCCGAUGAAAUGUACGAUAUUUUUGGGAAAUAUGGUGCUAUUCGCCAAAUACGGGUUGGCAAUACUCCUGAGACUCGUGGAACUGCUUUCGUCGUUUACGAAGAUAUUUUCGAUGCAAAAAAUGCGUGUGAUCACCUUUCUGGCUUUAAUGUGUGUAAUCGGUAUCUAGUGGUUUUGUACUAUCAGUCUACGAAAGCAUUUAAGAGGUUAGACGUAGAUAAAAAACAAGAAGAGUUAGAUCAAAUGAAGGCGAAAUAUAACAUAAAUUUUGAUGAGUAGAUUGUUCCAUCAUUUUGUCAA